GAGUGUGAUCACACCCACCGCUUCCUGCUCCCUCCCCCAGAGCAGCUACAGAGCCCGGGCCAGGACCAGGGGCAGAGGCAGGGGGAGAGGGAGAGGGGCCGGGUGUGUGUGUGUGUCCGCUCCGGGGCGAGGCUGAGCCGGCCAGGACGUGGUGAUGGACGUGGCCGUGUGGGCAGUGAGCAUGGCGCUGGCGCUGGGUCUGGGCUUGUUGCUGCUACUCAUCACUGGGGUGAUCUGCACCGUGUACACGGACUCUGUGCUGCCUCCGGGCAUCCAGGGGCCAGGCAAACUCCGCCUCAUCUAUGCGGUCCAAGUGACCAUCGCCGUGCUGGGUAACAUCGUGCACAGCUUGGGGCUCGGAUCGGGCUCUCAGCUCGCCGUUAUCCGAUACCUACGUGGAAAGGUGCUGGGAACAACGCACAAGAAGGCAGGCGGGCUGGAGAUCACGGAUGAGGUGUUUGAUGGAGUCCCCGUGAGGGUCUAUCGACCGCUGCCACGAGUCGCAGGGAGGAGGCGAGGGGUCCUGUACUUCCACGGAGGGGGCUGGGUGUUUGGCAGCAUCAGUGAGUACGACCACUUGUGCCAGUACAUUGCACGAGAAUCAGGCUCCGUGGUCGUAUCUGUGGAGUACCGCCUUGCCCCUGAGCACAGAUACCCCGCCCAGCUGGACGACUGCCUGACGGCCACUCUACACUUCAUCCGGACGGCGGCUGACUACAGGGUGGACAACACCAGGAUAGUGGUGAGCGGGGACAGUGCGGGCGGCAAUCUCACUGCGGCCGUGUGCCUGAGAGUGUCCGGGUUGGAGGAGGAGAGCCCGGAGCUGCCCCCUCUCCGAGCCCAGGUGAUGAUCUACCCUGCUCUGCAGAUGGUGGACUUCACGCUCCCCUCCUACCGCCAGAACCAGUGCGUGCCGCUCCUCUUCCGCACGCGCAUGGCCUUCUUCUACCUGCACUACCUGAACGGCGAGGUGUCACUGGGAGAGGAGGUGGUGGACGGACAGCACCUGCCCCUGGAGCUCCGAGUUGCCUACAGGAAGUGGAUCAAUGCUGAUCUCAUCCCCGACCAGUUCAAGGAGGGUGGUCACCGUCCCAGCCCUCCCCAGACCCCAGACAAUGAAGCAGUGGACCUCCUUAAACGGAGCUUGGAGCCGACAUUCUCCCCUCUCCUGGCUAGCGAUGCUGCCAUCAGCAAGUUGCCCCCCGCCUACAUCCUGACCUGCCAGUUCGACGUGCUUCGGGACGAUGGACUUCUGUUCAAAAAGAGACUGGAAGAUAACGGCGUUCCCGUCUCCUGGCACCACGUUCCCGACGGUUUCCAUGGGAUCGUCAGCUUCUUUGAUAAUGGCUACCUGACAUUCCCAUCUGGAAAACUGGCUGUUGACAGCAUUGUGGCCUUCCUUAAGGACAUAUAAUAUAUCUGCAGGUGGACAGAAAAAGCUGGAGUAACUCAGCGGGUCAGGCAGCAUCUGUGGAGAGAAGGAAUGGGUGACGUUUCGGGU